GCCCCAUAAUAAAUCAACCCCCACUGAAAGGUUCAGGUAUAUUGCACCCGACUAGCCAAAGUUACUCAGCGCAGGCGCAGGGAUGAAGUUUCUAUCUGCUUUCUUCCUUAUUUUAUUGGUCACCAUGGCUAGUGCCGCGAGGAAAGAUCCGGCAGAGUACUGGAACAGAAGAAUGAAAGGCGAAGCCAUGCCGAAAGCGAUCGAAGAACUCGUCCAUGGAGAUCCAGCGCCUCUCUCUCAGAAGUGGAAAUCGUCAUCUUCAGAGAGCAUAAACAUGGGCCAAUUCAACACGGACUUUGACACCAAGCCUGUUCGGAUAAUCUAUCACGUCACCCAUGCUCCCCAUCACAAAGUGCUCCAGCCUUUUCUCAGGGACUUGAAGCUCAUGGGACAUGGAGAAACCGAGCCGGAAGGAAAGAAAUAAUUUGAUUGCGUUUCAAGUCUUGAGUGUAAUAAAUAGCCCGUAUCGACGAUUAAGAAUGGAUAUUUACAUAUAAAUAUAUGAAGUAUAUAGCUCUUGGUAGCUUGCUUACUUAGAUCUCCACCAUUAAAUAAGUUUUUUAUCUCCGCUGUGGGUAGGGGAACAGGGGAGAGUGGUGAGGCUGAGAGAGAGAGAGAGCCAAAUUGGGGGAGAAAUUAGAGGCAUUUUAGGGUUUAAUUCAAGACUCAAUAGAUGGUGAAACUGACGAUGUUUUAUGUAGAGAAAAGUAUGGAUUCGAAAAACAUUGAUUUUAUCAUACCCUAGACCUAAAGAGCUCAUCUCUUUACGAUUCCCUGGUGAUGGUUGUUAGGGUGGGUGGUGUUUCCCUAAUUCCCUGGUUCUUCUUCUUGUGUUUGCUUUGGCCAUUUCCAUUUGAUUUGUUUUUGAGUUUGAAAGAUGUGUAUAAUGAUUUCUUU